CCGGCCCAAUUCCAAAGGGUUCUCGAAUCUCGCUCAUAUCAACGCCCUUCCCGGAGAGGCACAAUCUCCGAUUCCGAAACCACUUUUUUGAGUCGGAAACCAGAGAUCUAUAAUCCGCUAAUGGCAACCGAGACGGCAGCUGAAACAGUCGAUGCGCCGGCAGGUGCGGUGGUGGUGGACGCGCCGCCGUCCAAGCAGCCGCACAAGUUGGAGAGGAAAUGGACUCUCUGGUUCGACAACCAGUCGAAGCCUAAGCAAGGCGCUGCCUGGGGCAGCUCUAUGCGCAGAGUCUACACUUUCGACACCGUCGAAGAGUUCUGGUGCUUGUACGAACAGAUUUUCAAGCCCAGCGAGGUAACUGUAAAUGCUGACUUUCAUUUGUUCAAGGCUGGGAUUGAACCUAAGUGGGAAGAUCCUGAGUGUGCCAAUGGAGGCAAGUGGACGAUCGGCAUCAACCAAAAGACACACCUGGACACCAUGUGGCUUGAAACAUUGAUGGCAUUGAUUGGCGAGAAAUUUGAUGAAGCCGAGGAGAUAUGUGGAGUGGUUGCCAGUGUGCGUCCGAGGCAGGACAGACUUGCUUUGUGGACCAAAAAUGCAGCCAAUGAAGCCGUUCAGAUGAGCAUUGGGAGGAAAUGGAAAGAGUUGCUUAAUGUAACAGACAAGAUAGCCUAUAGCUUCCAUGAUGACUCUAAAAGUAGAUCAACUAAAAGCCGUUAUAAUGUGUGAGACUUCAGCAUCCUGUGAGAAUACAAUUGCAUUACUGUCAAGUUAGGUACUGAAGAGAAUGCACACUUGUAGCUUUCACUUUGUAACCAUUUCUUGAGGUUUUGACUUGCAACCUGUUUAUGUAAGCUGUUUUGUUCUCGUUUAUGAUUGCGGCCCUUUGAGCCUGGUUUACGGUUGUCAGUAUGGUUAGCAGAACUACAAAACAUUUUUUUUACGGCUUUCAAAGUGAAACAUAAAAUUCAACUUUUCUG